AUGGAGCUUGGCGAUAUACUCAAUACUAAGUAUCCAGCACAGGCUGUACUAGCGAGACCGAUGCAAUACGACAUGCAACAACACGGCAUGCAGCACGACCUGCAGCAGCCGCACUAUACCCACGCGCCGUACCUCAACGGCAGGAUAAAAUCAGAAGCCAACUCCGAACGAGGCGUGUCGCCACAUCCCUCAGACCCGUCGUCGCGUUACUCGUCGCAGCCCGCGCCGUCGAUCCCGUCAUACCCGCAGAUGGCGAACAGCCUGCAGAAUGGCAUGCGCUACCCGUCGCCUUCUGCGAUGCAGGCUCCGAUGCCGAUGCUUAACAACAGCUACAUACCUCCGCAUCCACCACCCACAGACCACACAUACCAGCAACAGGGCCAGCAGAACCAACAAGUUCAGUCGAACGGCGGUAGACCGACUGGUGAAUCAGGGCCACCGAAGGCUUUCGCCUGCUCAACUUGCGGCAAGGGUUUCGCACGGCGUAGUGACCUCGCACGUCAUGAACGCAUCCAUAGCGGCGUACGUCCACAUGUGUGUGAAUACCCGGGUUGCGGCAAGCAGUUUAUCCAGCGUUCGGCGUUGACAGUACAUCAACGUGUCCACACUGGGGAGAAACCCCACAUGUGUGAGCGAUGCGGAAAGCCUUUUAGCGACUCGAGUUCUCUAGCGAGGCAUCGCCGGAUACAUUCCGGAAAGCGACCUUACAAAUGUCCCUACGCGGAUUGUCAGAAGACAUUUACGCGCAGGACUACUCUUACCCGUCACCAAAACCACCACACUGGGACUGUCGAGGAGGCUGCAGCCGCAACAGCUGCCGCCCUGGCCUCACAUGCAUCAGCACCCAGUCGGUCUACCCGCUCAGACGUAGACGAGUACUCCGAAGCAGCAGGGUCACCGCUCCCAAGCCCGACACUCAACGAUCGACCAAUGUCGAUUUCGCCUGCAGCAGGAAUGCCUGGCGUUCCUCAAAUGCACAGGCAACCAUCGGACUAUGCGUAUAUGAAUUCUCUGAGCGUACCUCCACAUCUCCGGAGCGAGCUUCAGCAGCCCAGUCCUCGUUCUUCUCCCUCCUUGACAUCCCAGUCAUACGCAUCCGCCAUGGGCAACCAGAGGCCCUCUCUCACGUCACACCCAAGUGGCUAUGGACCACCGCCUGUUCUCGAACCUCCAGCGAACAGCAACCACGGACAGUCCGUCAGUGCUAACGGAAGUCCCCAUAUCGGAGGCAUGGGCUGGCAGUCUCCUUCACAGCAAGGGUUACAAUCGCCAGCCCCUGCGGACGGCUAUGUCUAUCCGGAGCCUCACUAUGCUCAGACUACACCCAACCUUUACUACCAGAACUCGAAUCUGCGUAGGCCCCAAAGCACGGAUCCUGACCAGUAUGACCCGCGUCAACGGAUGGCGCCAGGCGAUCUGUGGGCUCCGCCAGUUCAGUAG